AUGAACUUGAAGAGAAGGACACACAGCGUGAGGCAGCACUGGUCAUGGCACCCUCCGCUUGACUUCCGCCCUACACAAGGCACAUACAGAUCACGACCCGAAGCCUGGAGGACGUCUCUUCACAAGCCACAGAAAGCCACCAUCGAUCCGAUGCAUCCGGAACCCAUGCCCUUGCCGGACAACUCGCUGUCAAUUACGAGCAACCCUACGGCCUGGAACCCAGAGCAUCCCCCUCCAGACUUUUCGCCGGCAGCAUGGCGGCCGCCAUCGUGGUUGUCGUCUGUCUACUGGCAGGACAGUAGUGCUUCGGACGAUGCAACUUGGCAGUCGCGGCCACCGCAGGCACCCACGGCAGCAAAAGCAACGGCACCAGAGUUCGCGUCGGUGUCAGUGUCGGCGUCCAAUACUUACGACUAUCCUUCUACCUUGUCCCCCGAGUUUGCCAGUAGUUCAAGUUUGACAGAGUCAACACCAGUUCCUAUCCGCUCCAGUCUCACCGAAACAACACUAUCGUCAAGAUCGAGCUUGAUGUCCACACUGAACCCAACGACAUCAACAGCAGCGGAUACUAUUACUCCCUCUUCUUCACCUUCUCCAAUCCUGCCGACAACGACAAGCUCCCCCAGCGACCUGGCCAAGACGGUCUCUUCUCCCACAUCAGCACUCAGCGCAGCGACUCUUUACAUUGUGCUAGGAAUAUUUCUGUUAUUUGGCAUCUUGUGCGUGCUGGUUACGAGUCCCGGCCUGUUUGAGCGAAUGAGAAGGAAACGGAACAUAAGGAGGGCUCGGGCUGCUGCUGCUGCUGGUAAUUCCGGUUCCGGGAUUGGUGCUGGUUCAGCGGGGCCAGAGUUGAAUCCGUAA